GGUAAAAGUUUUCCGCGGCAAAACCACGCUACUGCUCUACUGAUCACGUUCUGCAUUAAACCCUAGCUUUCUGGAACUUGGGGGGGGUGAUAGGGUUUACAAUUAUCGAAUUCCAGUUCCGCUUGCUACUAGUAUGGAGUCUUCUGAUGGAGAUUGCUCGUUUCAAGUCUCACCGGAAACCGAGGGGUUUUUGUGCGAGCGAUUAUUGGAUCAGAAACAGCCUAUCUCGGAGCGAUUUAGAGCCCUUUUCUCUCUUCGCAACCUCCGUGGUGCGGGGCCUCGCAAUGCGCUUAUCCAAGCGACUAGGGAUAGUUCGAACCUGCUUGCACAUGAGGCCGCAUUUGCUUUGGGUCAGAUGCAAGAUGCAGAUGCUAUUCCUGCCUUAGAAGCUGUUCUAAAUGAUCUUUCAUUGCACCCUAUUGUUCGCCAUGAGGCUGCAGAAGCUCUUGGAGCGAUUGGUUCAGAGCAUAAUGUUCCACUUCUUAAGAAUAGUUUAGCUUCAGAUCCAGCUCAGGAAGUUCGAGAAACCUGUGAACUAGCACUGAGUCGGAUUGAGGAGCUCAAGAGUACCUCAGUUUCAGAAUCAUCUCGUUUCUUGUCAGUUGACCCUGCCGCACCAGCUGCUUGUUCUUCUGUACGAGAACUUAGGGAGGUUCUACUAAGUGAAGAUAAGAGCAUGUAUGAGCGUUAUGCCGCUCUUUUUGCUCUUCGGAACCUUGGAGAAGAGGAAGCUAUCUCUGCUAUUGUUGAAUCCCUAGGUGCAAAUAGUGCUCUGCUACGGCAUGAGGUUGCUUAUGUCUUAGGCCAACUGCAGAAUAAGAAGGCAUCACUUGCACUUUCCCAGGUUCUUAGAGAUGUAAAUGAACAUCCUAUGGUCAGACAUGAAGCAGCUGAGGCUCUUGGUUCGAUUGCAGACAAUCAAUGUAUUGCACUACUUGAGGAAUUUGCCAAGGACCCUGAACCCAUCGUCUCACAGAGCUGUGAAGUUGCUCUCAGCAUGCUUGAGUUUGAGAGAUCAGGAAAAUCCUUUGAGUACCUUUUCAUGCAGGCACCUCAAGUGCAGCAGGCUUCGUGUUAAGUUGGAUUUCUGUUUUUGGGCAACUUUGCCUGUACUGUUUCCCAGAGAAUGUCCUGAUAUGCAGCCCAACUUCUGUUUGUUUGAUAGAGUCAAAUGAUUCUGAUCCUAUGGGCAAGCAGUGGUUGAGGAGUAUUGAUUCAACAAAUGCGUGAUACCCGUAUAUUUCUGGACAAGUACCUCAGGGAGUUCGUUCUAGUCUGUCUUCUCUCCUAGGUUUUUAGUACUAAUGAAGGGACAAAAAAAGCAUACUUCACAUUCUCUUCUGCCUUCAUUUCUAAUUCUUGUGUAUGUACACUUUCCACAAAUUGUAGAUCUUUUUGUGGACAAAAUUAGUAUAUUAUUAGUCCACCUACGAUAACUAUUAUGACAGUUGAUUGUUGGCGGGACAAGACACGAAAUUGAAGGUGAAUUUUACAUUCAAGGUGGGAUUAUAUUU